CCGAGGGCUUGCACAUUGUCGGUUGAUCGAUCGUUAUCGGCUGGAGGACCGUCGGCAUGCGUAGCUCAUCCUGCAGGUCAGAUGGCCUCAGUCUGCAGCUCAAAGGACUGCAGAGGCGUGGAGGAUGCGAACAGGGCAUCGUCCUGUCACCGGCAGAUGCUGUCGUCAGUGGAGGCAGUUUGUGUGGACAGUUUGGAUAGGUUAGCAGAGGCGAGUAUGGCGUCGCAUUCCACUCUGUCGCUUACUUGUGGUAGCAGCGCCAGCGUUGACACAAGUGUCCCGAUCUCAGAUCCCAAUCCUCAUGCUGCAGCUACUGCUGAUUUCUCAGAUCCCAAUCCUCAUGGUGCGAAUCCUGACCUUGUUACAGAAGUGGUGAACAGCAACGCCGGCGAUUUGGAAAAACCGCCGCCGCCGCCACUGCCGGUGAAGAUCAGUCCUGUCGAGUAUCGACAAUACCGUGAUGAGAGGGAUCUUCCGUUGAUUAUGAAGAUCAUUGACGAGGAGUUGUCCGAGCCGUACUCCAUUUUCACUUAUCGAUAUUUCAUAAAUCAAUGGCCACAACUUUGUUACAUGGCGUUCAGCGGCGGCCAGUGCAUCGGGACGGUCGUGUGCAAGUUGGACCAGCACCGGGAAAUGUACCGAGGAUACAUUGCGAUGCUUGUCGUCAUCAAGCCUUUCCGCGGCCGCGGGAUCGCGUCGGAGCUCGUGAAGCGGUCGAUCGAGACAAUGCGACUGCAGGGGAGCGACGAGGUCGCGCUAGAAGCGGAAGUUACGAACAAGGCAGCGCUGGCGCUCUACGAGAACUUAGGCUUCAUAAAGGCGAAGCGACUGCACAGGUAUUAUCUAAAUGGGGUGGAUGCGUUUCGCUUAAAGCUCCUCUUCCCUUACAGUGGUGCUCAGCAGCAACAGCAGCAGGCAGCAAUUCAAUACGGAGGCGAAGAUGGUGGUGGGCAAAGUGCUUGUGCAUGAAUCUGGUUGAUGAAUCAGGGCGGGGGGGGGGGGAGAGAGAAGACAUGACAAAAGGAUGCACAAUCGUUGUUGCUGGGACCGAAUGGGACUAAAGCUGUUGUUGCUGGGACCGACUGGGACCUAAAACUGCUCUUCCCUAACCACGGGGAGUGAAAAGCAGGAGCCAGCAAUUUAUGAGGGUAGGCCUGAUAAACCAGUUACAAUGCAACCCCCGCUGAAAUGUGGAUGGGUUCUGGAAAAGGGGCUGGCUAUUCCCAGUGAUCCCCUUUCACGACGAGCUUGAGUCUUUGUGGGGGUGGGCAAGAAAAGCGCUUGUGGAUGGAUCUGGUCGAUGAAGCAGGGAAGAUGCGUGACGAAUGUGGAUUGGUAAUUGUUGAUGGGACAAGUAAAAAGAUGGAUAGGCUUGGUGGCAAAUCGUUUGUGAAUGAAUCAGAGGGGCAACGAGGCAGGGCCCCAGGGGGGCUGCGUGGGAGAGGGUGGGGGGGCAGGUGCUGCACUGGGUAGGGGAUUGAUAUCAUUUUGGGGGGGGGGGGGUGGGUUCUCUCUUCUUUUUUUUUUCCCCUUUCUUUGCAAGGGAUGUAUCUGGCCGAAUGUUGUUGCCAGGUUCAGUAGUUUGAGUAAAGUUCUAGGCCAUGGGGGGGACUUUGGGGGAUGCAUCUGGCCAGCAUUAUGACCAGAUGCAGUGCCGAUUUUUGGGGUUGUAGUGAUGGCAAUAGAGAGCGAUUGCUUGUCCGAAAUACGUAAUGAAUUUACAGUUUGUUUUUUAACUUUGAUUUUUUUUCAUUUCUGAUUUACUAAUUAUCAUGUACUACAUGUAGCAAUUUCCCUCUUCUCUUCCUUUUUUUUUUUCUCCUCUUGUUUUUUUGGUUGAGUGGCUUGAGCCUGAUUAUCAUGGUGGUAUGGUGUGGUUGAUUACCAUGUUUUUUUUUUUUUAAUUACCCUCCUGUUUUUUUCUUUUCUCUCAUUUAUUUCAAAUAUUUGUUGAUUAAUUGGGAUAACAACAUUCUUUAAAGAGAAUCGAAAGAGAUAAAGCAAAAGCUCUCUUUUUUAAGUUUUUUUUAAUACAAACUUACAGCUGAUAAGAAAGAGGGGGAGGCAGAAACAGGGAAAGAGGUGAAGAAGGAAGCAGCACAAGGACAGAGUACUACCGUUUCCCCCGAAUGUAACGCACUGUGAGAAUGAAUGUGUACAAGCUAU